GGGGGCCGUAGGAGGCCGUGGCACUGAACUGGGCUCUUGACGGGCAUCAUCUUUUAAUCCUGAGAACAUCCCAGGGAGCCCCACAGGGUCCCAUAUCUUGGGCCAUGAGUGAGUUGAAGGACUGUCCCUUGCAGUUCCAUGACUUCAAGUCUGUGGACCACCUGAAGGUCUGUCCCCGCUACACAGCAGUGCUGGCCCGCUCCGAGGAUGAUGGCAUCGGCAUCGAGGAGCUGGACACUCUGCAGCUAGAGCUUGAGACCCUGCUUUCCUCUGCCAGCCGGCGCCUGCGCGUGCUCGAGGCUGAAACCCAGAUCCUCACUGACUGGCAAGAUAAGAAAGGUGACCGACGAUUCCUGAAGCUGGGUCGAGAGCAUGAGCUUGGAGCUCCCCCCAAACAUGGGAAACCCAAGAAGCAGAAACUAGAAGGGAAGGCAGGACAUGGACCGGGCCCUGGUCCCGGGAGGCCCAAGUCCAAAAACCUUCAGCCCAAGAUCCAGGAAUAUGAAUUCACUGAUGACCCCAUUGAUGUGCCUCGGAUCCCCAAGAAUGAUGCCCCCAACAGGUUCUGGGCUUCAGUGGAGCCCUACUGUGCUGACAUCACCAGUGAGGAGGUGCGCACACUAGAGGAGCUACUGAAACCCCCAGAAGACGAAGCUGAACAUUACAAGAUCCCGCCCCUGGGAAAGCACUACUCCCAGCGCUGGGCCCAGGAGGACCUGCUGGAGGAGCAAAAGGACGGGGCCCGGGCAGCGGCUGUGGCUGACAAGAAGAAAGGCAUCAUGGGGCCACUGACUGAACUGGACACUAAAGAUGUGGAUGCCCUGCUGAAGAAGUCUGAGGCCCAGCAUGAGCAGCCGGAAGAUGGGUGUCCCUUUGGGGCCCUGACGCAGCGCCUCCUGCAGGCCCUGGUGGAGGAAAAUAUCAUUUCCCCUAUGGAGGACUCUCCUAUUCCUGACAUGUCUGGGAAAGAGUCUGGGGCUGAUGGGGCAAGCACUUCUCCCCGCAAUCAGAACAAGCCCUUCAGUGUGCCGCAUACUAAGUCCCUGGAGAGCCGCAUCAAGGAGGAGCUGAUUGCCCAGGGCCUUCUGGAGUCUGAGGACCGCCCUGCGGAGGACUCGGAGGAUGAGGUGCUCGCUGAGCUGCGCAAACGACAGGCCGAGCUGAAGGCGCUCAGUGCCCACAACCGCACCAAGAAGCACGACCUGCUGCGGCUGGCAAAGGAGGAGGUGAGCCGGCAGGAGCUGAGGCAGCGGGUCCGCAUGGCAGACAACGAGGUCAUGGACGCCUUUCGUAAGAUCAUGGCUGCCCGGCAGAAGAAGAGGACCCCCACCAAGAAGGAGAAGGACCAGGCCUGGAAGACUCUGAAGGAGCGCGAGAGCAUCCUGAAGCUGCUGGAUGGGUAGCCCUCACGCCUGCCUCGGCUCCUUCCCUGACCUGCGGGAGCGGUGGGGGUGGCCCGCUUCCCUCUCUGGGCAUGGAGAGCCUUGGCUUCUGGCUGCCUGCCAAAUGGUGACAGUCUCUAGAAGACUGUGGUCCUUCUCUGAGGUCUUUUGGCCUAGCUCUGUACAGCCAGGACAUAGGAGGCCUUGCUGGGCUGGCCUGGGGCCCAGUAUUUCCUUGGCCCCCAAGAUGGGAGGAGCUUUAUGUCUGGGUCUCCCUCUUCCCCUUCUUCACCAUCCCCCAGUCCCUCACCCCAGACCCCUCUCUCCCCCUCAAGGACUUCUCCCUUGUGGUUUUGUAAAGUGCAAACUUAAGAAUAAAGUGACUGCUGUGGUUUUUCAAAAAAAGCA